AUGGGUACCGUCUACGCUGCCUACAAACAAGACCCUCUGGGUGACGAUAUGCAAACCUACGAUACCUACGCACCCGCGCCUGAUGUGAAUUCCAUGAGUCAAAACCCUUCAGGCAUGAAUAUUUAUGGUGCGCUACCUCAAUUCCAUUGGGGACAAUGGUGGUCUCCUACUGAAGAUGCUUCCUUUGCCGAAUCAACCAACAUGACCACCCCCAAUGUCUUCGCACAAGAAGAGUCCCGAUACAACUACACCUACGAUCCUGAAACCUCUACACAAUGGGACUCUCCUGCUACCUCCACCCAAAGCUAUCCUGUUCCGUCACCGGCCACCGACCCUACCAGCUUAGAUAUUCCCGUUGGCGACACAGAGAGCCGUCGCGGUUCCUCAUCAACAGGGUCCGAGAAGCGAAAGCGCAAGCAAAAAACUGCCAAGCCAACCGCUUCCAGGUCGACGAGACGCGCGCCAACAAAGUCAAUCAAACAAGACGCUGCCCCCGAAAAGCCCAAGGGUCGCGGAAGCCAAGCCAAGCCAGUUUUUCAGCCUACAGAACGGUCUUCUCCCCAGUUAGGUGACGAACUCGACGAGUACAGCAAAAAGAUACAGGAGAGAAAUCGAGUCGCCUCCAACAAGUUCCGUAUCAAGAAGCGUGAGGACGCGAAGAGGCUCCAGGCCGACGAGGAGAACAUGGAGCAGACCAACCGCAAGCUGUCGAGCUCUGUAUCUGACCUCACUCAACAGGUCUACGAGCUCAAGGUGAAACUCUUGCAACACACCGACUGCGACUGUUACUUGAUUCAGGAAUACAUCGCCAACGAAGCCAAUCGGUACAUUUGCGACUUGGGCGGCGAUAAAGAAGCAGCAGACAACUGCGCCUCGUCCUCCUCGCCAUUUACAUCACUACCAAUAGUAUUCUCAACAAAAGCGAAUCACUAUGUAUGA